GCCGGGCUCUUGUUCGAAGGGGCUUCCCGAUUUUUGCUGCCUGCUUCCCCCCCGCGGUCUCUCGCCGCGGGCGGUGGCGCCCGUCCCCUCCCAGGGGGGCGCGGCGGCCGGAGGCGGGGGUCGCGGCGGCCGCACGGGGCGGCGCUGGGAGGGCGGGCGCUGGGCCCGCCCCGUCGGCAUCCCUGGCCCGACUUCCUCCGGCCGCGGCCGGCCGACCCAGCUGGAGGAAGCGGCGGCAGCGGCGGCCACGAUGAGUUCGGGCGACGCUGUGUGCACCGGCUGGCUCGUCAAGUCUCCACCCGAGAGGAAACUGCAGCGCUACGCCUGGCGCAAGCGCUGGUUUGUCCUCCGACGGGGCCGCAUGAGUGGCAACCCUGACGUCUUGGAGUACUACAGGAACAAACACUCGAGCAAGCCCAUUCGUGUGAUAGACCUCAGCGAGUGUACAGUGUGGAAGCAUUCAGGCCCUGGCUUCGUUCGGAAGGAAUUUCAAAAUAAUUUUGUGUUCAUUGUUAAGACUACAUCUCGUACAUUCUAUCUGGUGGCCAAGACUGAGGCAGAAAUGCAGGCAUGGGUAUACAGCAUCACUCAGGUCUGCAACUUCGGCCACCUGGAGGGUGGUGCAGCAGAUUCCAUGGAGAGCCUCUCUCACACGCCCUGCUCCCUCCAGCCAUCCUCUGCCAGCUCCCUUCACACUGCCCAUGCUGUCAGCUCCUCCUUGCCAAGAGAUGACCCAAACUCUAAUACUGUAGCCACUGAGGAAACCAGAAGUGAGUCAGAGUUUCCCUUACUUCCUGAUUAUCUGAUUCUGUCCAACUGUGAGACUGGAAGACUGCACCAUGCCAGUUUACCCACCAGAUGUGACAGCUGGUCAAACUCAGACCGUUCAUUGGAACAGACUUCAUCUGAUGAUGUUUUUGUUGAUGGCCUGCAGUCACUGCACUAUGUUAACUUGGCCGACCCCUUAACCCGUCGCAAUGGAUCUCAGGAGGUGCCUUACUAUGCGAGGCCUCGGAAUGGAUCUCAGGAGGUGCCUUACUAUGCGAGGCCUCGGAAUGGAUCUCAGGAGGUGCCUUACUAUGCGAGGCCUCGGAAUGGAUCUCAGGAGGUGCCUUACUAUGUGAGGCCCCGGAAUGGGUCUCAGGAGGUGCCUUACUACGCAAGGCCUCGGGCUUCCCUGAUAUGCAAUAGAGAUAGCAAUGGGCCAUACAGGGACCACGUUUCUUCACCAUUGCUAGAAACUUCCUUAAAUUCCACCAUUCAGGUAGAUAAAAACCAAGGUUCCUUACCCUAUGGGGCAACAACACUAGACCUUGUGCCCAACGUGCCACCUCCUCGCCCCCCUAAACCAAUCCAUCUCUCUGAACGGCGCCAAGAGGAGCGGCUCCAGUGGAGUGGACACAGCAGUAUCAAGAAGCCAGAAUGUACUACAACACCAAGAAGAAUUUCUCUCUCUGGCUUAGAUAACAUGAGACCCUGGAAAGCUGAUGUAGAAGGCCAAUCCUUAAGACAGCGAGACAAGCGGCAUAGUUUAAAUUUGCCAUGCAGAUCCUCUCCAAUGUGCCCUACAGCUUCAACCAGUGAUGAAGACAGCUAUGUGCCUAUGGCCCCCCUGGGUGCCAUCUCUUGUCUCAAAACUGAGUCCAACUCUGAUGACUACAUCCCAAUGAGCUCAGGAAGCUUCUCCAGCCCACUGCCCGAGCUACCUGCAAACCUGGAACCUCCCCCAGUAAAUAGAGAUCUCAAGCCUCAGAGGAAACCACGGUCACCUCCCCUAGACCCGAGAAACCUUUCUACCAUCCGGGAACACACAUCUCUAACCAGGACCCACACCGUGCCUUGCAAUCGGACGAGGUUUCUCUCUCCAGAAAGAAAUGGUAUUAAUUCUGCAAGAUUUUUUGCCAGUUCUGUUUCCAGAGAAGAGAAAGAGAGCAACACUCAAAUGGGGCAACACCAAACAGUCAACUCCCGGAGCAGUGGUGCUCUGAUGCGGACAAAGAAAUGCAACCUAGAUUAUUUAGCCCUGGACUUCAAUUCAGCAUCACCAGCCCCAGUACAGCAGAAACUUCUUUCAGAAGAACACAAAGUCGACUAUGUCCAAGUGGAUGAGCAGAAGACACAAGCUCUCCAGAACACCAAGCAGGAGUGGACCGAUGAGAGGCAAUCCAAAGUUUUUUGAAAAAGAGCCAAUCGGUAAACGUUGCAGAGAUCCUCCAGAUUCCUUGGCCAAAAGCAUCGUCAUUGGUCCUUCUAAAUCUCAGAACAACCACCACCUUUGAAACUUGUAAACUCUCAGCCUUUGAGAUAGUCACAGAAUGCCCAAUAUUCCUAGCUCCUGCCUCUUUUGAUCCACAGCUGAUAAAAAGAUAUACCUCAGUAUUGUAAAAGCUUCUGUUGGAAAUAAUCAUACUUUAGCAGAACAAUCUUUUUGCACAUGAAGACCUCAAACACCAUCGUUUGCAACCUGGGCACUCUGUUUUUAUUGGAGACAAUAUCUCCAUAAACACUCUUCAACCUCGCUGGAAAGGCCCCCGUCAGAUCUUGUUAACCAACCCUUGUGCUGCUAACUUCCAUGGAACAGACAGAUUCACAUGUCACAUCUAAAGAAAACACCAGCCUUGGCUAGUGUAGCCAGGUUAGAGCAUUGUCCUAUAACCAAAAGACUGCGGGUUUGAUUCCUGGUCAGGGCACAUACCUAGAUUGUUUGACUGCCCCCACAUCCCUGUCUGGGUAUGUGUGGGAUUCAG